AUGCCUACCUUUCGCAAUGCACCAAGAAAGUACCCAGAAAGUUCUCAUCAAGCCAACGGAAAAGGCUCAAAUCAAGCCAGCGGAGAAAACUCAAGUCAAGCCAACGAUUUUAUGGCAUUCCUAGACUUUGGUAUCAGCGACAAUUACCCCAGUGUUAACCCUGAGGACAUGCUGUCCACAGGCCCCGUGUUUGAUCCAGAUCUUCUGGAUUCAUUGCAUUCAUCACUCUACAUCCCUGAUUUGAGCCGCAACCUUCAUAACGAGCGAUCCAAGUCAGCUCAUUUCCCAACUUUAAGUGCCAACUCAGGGUUAAAUAUGGCGACGUAUCCGACAAUGGGUCGCAGCCACACGUCACACGAUACGCCGACUGUGGCAUGCGCGUCAGUGGAACAUCCUGUGUAUGUGUAUGCGUCAAGUGCUGGAGGUGCACCAACGUUUUUGAGCAGUCAGGGAGGGGAAAAUGCUUGGACACUACCCAUACUCCUGACAGCUUCGAAGAUACGGAGUGAUCCUAACGAGAUCGAUGGGAUAGACGUAGAGAUGGAGUCUGUCCCCGAUGCUCGACGCGAGGAAGAUAUCGACACACCAGAUAACCAUGCAACUGGUUCAGGUCAGGACAUCAAGGUGUUGACCUCGGCGGAAUUUCUGCAAUCGUUAGGCUUCGAUAUCAGUAGUCUUGACCUCAAUGGUAACAUGGAGGUUAUACUACUGUCAAUCGCCCCGAAUUCGAGGAAGCUCUUAUAUCGAGCACUCCGAUCCAGCAUAUCUGCCUCCAUCGAAUGCGAGUCAGGAGCUACCUAUGACGAAGUAUCCGACGAUGGAAACUAUCCAGACGUCACACGAUACUCGCUACCGAGUCUCGUUCAAGGAGCCCAAGGAAAGGCGCCAGUCGGAUGCCUAAAGGUCGCACCCGCGAUCAAGAUACGACGUAUGCAGCGUUACUUUUUACACACCUGA